AUUCCCGGCAUAGUUUCACUACCAAACCACCACGGUCAUAUCACGCUCAUCGAGCCCCAUCACCCAUCGCUUCCACACGGGGCACCGUAUUGGAUACUACCUAUGCAGUCUUCAGUUGCGUUCCUCAGCCACCCGCCUAGGUGAUCUGCUGGGUCUGGGAGCCAUCACCGUCCGCAAGUGAAGGGGUCCAACUCUGACAGCUUGUCAAGUUCACAGCCACACUUCCGGACUCCGGCCGCAUAGUAACAUGACACGGGAACCACUGCGGCCCCGACUCCGGCCCCGAUCAUCACCAUGGCUUCUUGCUCUGGCUUUGUUGGCGUUUGUGGUCCUGUUGCCCAGUGCUGGGGCAAUGCGCCCCAGUCGCGUGGCUGAGCUCCGCCGCGAGGUCGUCGACAUGUUCUACCACGGCUUCGGCAACUACAUGCGCAUCGCCUUUCCCGAGGACGAGCUCCGGCCCGUCACUUGCGCCCCUCUAACCCGGGAUGCUGAGAACCCAGGAAACGUCGAAGUGAACGAUGUCUUGGGUAACUACUCCCUUACUUUGAUAGACAGUCUGUCUACCUUGGCCAUCUUUGCUUCGGCGCCGCCAGAUGACCGUGGGACGGGACCGAAAGCCUUGCGUGACUUCCAGGAUGGUGUUGCCGCCUUGGUCGAGCAGUAUGGCGACGGCCGUCCCGGUCCUUCUGGCCAAGGCCUGCGCGCUAGAGGCUUCGAUAUCGACAGCAAGGUGCAGGUUUUUGAAACGGUCAUCCGUGGUGUUGGCGGUCUUCUCAGUGCCCAUUUGUUUGCUGUUGGCGCACUACCGAUUAAUGGAUAUGAACCGCUUGGUCCUGAACAUGAUCCACUUAGCCCUCCGCCUAUCCACUGGCCGAAUGGCUUGACCUACGAUGGUCAGCUGCUCCGUUUGGCGCUUGAUCUUGGGACCAGAAUUCUCCCGGCCUUUUACACGAAGACGGGGAUGCCCUAUCCACGUGUCAAUCUGCGCCAUGGUAUCCCCUUUUACAAGAACUCGCCCUUGCAUGGGACGGCUUCCGGGGACCACAUAGUUGAUGGGCCUCCUGAGAUUACCGAGACAUGCAGUGCUGGCGCUGGGUCCCUAGUUCUUGAAUUCACGGUUCUCAGUCGCUUGACAGGUGAUCCGCGGUUUGAACAGCUGGCCAAGCGAGCCUUUUGGGCAGUUUGGUAUAGGAAGAGCCACAUAGGCCUCCUCGGCGCAGGCGUCGAUGCUGAACAAGGCCAUUGGGUAGGCCCUUAUUCCGUCGUUGGUGCUGGCGCCGACAGCUUUUUCGAGUACGCCCUCAAAUCGUACAUCUUGCUUUCUGGGCAUGAGCUCCCAAACCGGACAGCCGUUGAGCCAAAACCCAAGGACAACUGGCUGGACCCCAAUACUCUCUUUGUUCCACUUACUGAGGUUGAGAACUCCCCUGAUGCGUUUCUUCAGGCGUGGCAUCAUGCCCAUGCUGCUAUCAAGCGCCAUCUCUAUAGCGAUAAAGAUCAUCCGCAUUAUGAAAACGUCAACCUAUGGACAGGCUCGCUGGCUACUAACUGGGUAGACAGCCUAGGUGCCUUCUACGCCGGUCUGCUCGUCCUGGCUGGUGAGCUUGAAGAAGCCAUUGAAACGAGCUUGUUGUACACUGCCAUAUGGGCGCGCUAUGCCGCGCUUCCUGAACGUUGGUCUAUCACACACAAGGAUAUUGAGGGUGGUCUAGGCUGGUGGCCGUUGCGACCCGAGUUUAUCGAGUCGACCUACUACAUAUAUCAAGCCACCAAGGACCCCUGGUAUCUUUACGUUGGCGAAAUGGUCAUGAGAGACAUUCAGAGACGAUGUACUACGCAGUGUGGCUGGGCAGGCCUUCAAAAUGUCUUGACCGGCGAGAGGAGCGAUCGUAUGGAGAGCUUUUUCCUCGGCGAAACCACGCAGUACCUGUAUCUGCUGUUUGAUGAGUCGCAUCCUCUCAACCACCUUGAUGCCGGUUUUGUGUUUACCACAGAAGGUCAUCCGCUAGUUUUGCCAAAGGCAAAGCCAAGUACCCGAUCACGAGCAUCUGGUCAAAAGGAAUUGAUAGUGUAUCACGACCCUGGCUUUACCAACACUUGCCCGGCACCGCCUUCUGCCACUCCCCUCACAGGCUCAGCCAUCGCUGCCAGAGAUGACAUCUAUCACGCUGCAAAGAUGUUGGACCUACACUUGUUGCAGCCAAAGAACUUUUUAGGACUUCCGGCAGAGGGUAGUAAGCCCUCCGGCCAACAUACCUCUUCUAGGAAGCCUAUAACCGAAUCGGACCAGUUCACGCCUUUCCCCUGGUCUCUUCCACCAGAAAUGGUUCCCCAAAACGGAACGUGCCGCAAAAUCAACCAGCCGGUCGAGAUGCUGCUCGAGUUCUCCUCCAACGCGCAAGAACUCAUUGGCGGCAGCGCCUUCAACUACCUGAUGGGCACGCAGAACCUCGAGCGCCUCACGAUGGAUCGAAUCCGCGUUCAAACCCUUUCCGGCUUGAGGCUGACCAUGCGGCAGGAGGAGGACUCGGACGGUGAAUGGCGUGUCAGCAAGGUGAAUGGCGUUCUACUUGGUCGGGAUGAGUUCAUCGUUAUGAACCGAGCCAUCCUAGGCGAGGUGUCCGACCCGCGGUUCAACCUCGUUCGCGACCCCGUCAACGUCAAGCUCGUGCAUCUACAUCAUGUGGACCUAGGCCAGGACGAGACCCACAAGGAUAAGGCCAAGGGGCAGCUUCACCCCGAAAGCGUCAAGACUAAUCCUGAGGUUUCCCAAGAGGAGCAGGAGAAGGAGAUCGAAGAACAACAGACAGAAACAGCCAACACCACCUCGGAAGACCCCGCCUCCUCCUCUCUCGGCUCCUAUGUCAAAUCCCUCCUCGCCAACCUCGCCGCCUCCCUCGACGACCUGCUCGACGGCAUCCCCCUCGAAGCAGCCGUCACCGCUCUCCCCUCCAUCCUCCCCUCCAUCCCCUCCAUCUCAUCCAUCCAUGGCGGCAGCGCCAAACGCAUUAAAUACCCUCUCAACGUCUUCAUAAACUCCACCGCCGUAACCGCCACGGGCAUCGGUGCCGCCCCUCUCCCUCCUCCUCCCCCUCGCCCCUCGUCUCCAUACAUCUCCAGCGGAAACAACCUUGCUCAUCCGAGACCCUACCCGCCCUUCGGCCCCGUCCCCCGCGACAUGAUACCCUACACCACCAUCUAUGCCGCCGGCCAGCUUUGUACCUCGUCCUCGUCCGGUUCUUCCGAGCCUUCUUCUGAAAAGGACCAGACUCCUCCGCCUCCACCACUAGACGACUCCAUCCCGCGCACCCACCAGAUUCUCCUCCUCCGCCGCGGCGGCUGUUCCUUUUCCGAGAAACUAGCCAACAUUCCCGCCUUCCCUCCCUCUCCCACCUCGCUCCAACUCGUAAUUGUCGUUUCCGACGGCCAAGACGAAGAUGCUUCAUACGCUGCUUACUACUCUGGUCAAACCUACAGCAGCAGCCAAGGAGUUGGAGGAGGGGGGUUAGCUAGGCCCUUGUUGGAUCAGGUACAAAAGACUCCUGGCGGACUGGUGAGAAGGAAUCCGAUUCCGAUGAUCAUGGUCGGGGGUGGAGAGAUGACGUAUGAAACGCUCAAAAGGGCCAAGGGCGUGGCGGUGGGGAGGAGGUGGUUUUUGGAAAGUCAGGGGAGGAGAGUGAGGAAUGUGAUUGUGGAUGAGGGGGAUGCUGGGGGGGUUGCCUGA